GCUGUGUGUGUGUGUGUUUGUGUGAGGCUUCCUUUGGGUCUCUGGAGCUCCAACAUGCAGCGUUUGGGUCUCCGAGGUGGUGUCAGAUUUUCGGCCAUGGACUCAAAGAUGGCUGUGUUUAGCAGAGCACUUCGUCAGAUGGCUGCUGUUGUGUGUGUGAUCGUUCUGCUCUCAUUAUAUUUAAUGAUUUUCCAUAACACUGCUGGACCGCUGACCCAUGAGGCUCCCACGCCACAAAAACAGAGGUUGGCGGCCCCGAGUCCUCCCCCUUCUCCGGGUCCAUGCACCUGUCCCAGCGGCUCGUACACUCUCAAAGACCACAUCCCCAAGGAUCAGUAUGAGGAGCUGGUGAAACGCCGAGCGAAGGAGCUCCAAAACCACAAAAACAGGACGACGUCCGUGUUGUCCAAACUGCUGUUUGCUCCGUCCAACUCUCCCCUGCAGUAUCCCAUCCAGGGGUUCACAGUGCGACCUUUGACCUCCACUCUCAUCCCAGGUUUAGCGCUGCAUGCAGGACGCAGAAGCAGCUACAAGGUGUCCCUGAAAGUGUCCAAGGGCGUCCUCACCACAGAGACUGAAACUGAAGGCGUUAAGGUCCAAGGUGAUGGUGGGAGCAGACUGACUGUAGAGUCCAGCAGCCUGCCGAUCCUCAAUAACCUGCUGGCUAAAGUGUCCUACAACAGCAUCGUCUACCACAUACACACCGGAGACCUCGUGUCCUUCCAGUUUGAGAACCAUGAAGCCGUGUUUCCUGUUUCCAUCAGACGGCCGCAGCUGCCCGUCCUGUACGACAUGGGGACAGACAUCAGCUCUCAGGUCACCGUGGUCACAAAGACGUUCCUGCGCUACGCUCAGCUCAAGGUGUUGCUGAGUAGCAUCCGCCGUUUCUAUAGCAACAUAGAGGUCAUCAUUGCAGAUGACAGCUUUGAACCGGAGCACGUCACCGGAGAACACGUCCGGCAGUACUUCAUGCCUCCGGCACAGGGCUGGUUCGCUGGCAGGAAUCUGGCCGUCUCCCAGGUAACCACCAAGUACUUCCUGUGGGUGGACGACGACUUUGAGUUCACGGAGAAGACGAAGAUCGAGCAGCUGGUGGAGGUGAUGGAGGCCGUCCCCGAGCUGGACGUGGUGGGGGGGGCAGUCGGAGGAAACCGGUUUCAUUUCUCUCUCCUCUAUGAGGAAGGAGAGGAAACGGACGGCGGCUGCCUGUACAGGAAGUCCAAAGGGAAGUUCCACUCCCUACCCGGUUACCCACAAUGCUCUCUGACGGAUGGCGUGGUGAACUUCUUCCUGGCUCGUACAGAUGCUGUGCGGAGCGUGGGAUUUGACCCGAAGCUCCAGAGGGUGGCGCACUCAGAGUUCUUCAUGGACGGCCUGGGCUCCCUGCUGGUCGCCUCAUGUGGCCACGUGUCCAUCGGCCAUCAGCCGAAAACAGGCCACGACAAGAACGCGUCUCGCUACAGCCACUUCAGACACCCUGCGAAGAGCGAGAGUGAGUUCAAACUGCAGCUUCACUUCUUCAAAAACAACCUCAAGUGUGUCCGGUACGGAUAGAAGACCACCAGAGGACACUGGCGGAGAGGAGUCACAGAUUUUCUUG